GAAAAAAAAUGGAAUCUAAGGAUUAAAUAGAUUGAUGGUAUAGAGGUAGAUAUUUUUAUAAUUCGUUUGUCCCGUCUUCAAAUUAUUUCCUUUUUUGAUUAAAGGAGGAAAAACCAAGUCGUCCGUCUCUUCCUCUCUCGUUGCUUCUUCCGUCUGGGGAAGCACAGAUUUUGCCUUCGACUCCUGAUUCUGAAAGUAUCUUGUGGCUCUGUUACCAAAAGCUCAGGAAUUUGUCAACCUCUCUCUCUCUCUGCACCAAGAAACUGAGGCUCGACAACAACCAUUGAGGAAUGUAGGUGUGAUGGCAGCAGCUGAAGCAAGGGCUGCUUGGCAACGUACUGCAAACCGUUGCUUUGUCCAGGAAGAUGCCAAGAGAGCUCCUAAGCUAGCCUGCUGUCAGUCAUCAUCUUCAAAAUUGCAACCUGACCAAUGUCAGGGGGAUGCAGGGAAUGGGGUAGACCAAACUGGUGGUCACUUUGUACCACUCAAUUGGAACCCUGCCAAUUUUAGCCUCUCACCAGACACGAAGUGGUGGCUUCAGUUGCAACCCAAUUUUGGGAACCAAAAGGAAAUCAUCUUUGAACAGCUGAAAGCCUUGGAGGCUGAGCUUGACAGUAUGGCAUCUGGAGAUGUGAAGGCGUCUUCUGUAUUUAAUGAAGAAGCAACUUUCACCAGUAAGGAAGGUCGUGUUGAUUCUGAUAACAUCAUCAGUCCUGAUGUGGACAUGUGUGGCAGGUUUUCAACCGCAUGUUUCAAGCAUGCACCCGAGCCAAGAACACAAGAACUUAAGGCAGCAAAUGUGGUUCAAUCAGUUAAGCAUGAAACAUUUGGUAACGAUCAUCUUAAGGCAGAAUUAGCUGAGAAAAUGUUGAUGGAUCGAAAGCAGUUUGACCAGUUGAUAAUGGACCAAGCACAAAAGGGCUCCGGUGAUAUUUCAAUGCCUUGGUUGAAUGAAAAAGCAGGCCCGUGGUGGCGGAUUACCGAUAAGGAUGAAUUGGCAUCACUGGUUGCACAAAGCUCAUCCCGACGUAUAGAAAACUGUGAUCUUCCACGACCUCAAAAUGCCUAUUCAAGGAAAAAUGUGGACACUCUUGAGGGUCUGUACGACGAGGAUCUGAAUCCACCAUUAUUUGGUGAUAAACUCUCUGCAGCUUUAUUGAAUCCUGUAGGAUAUUCUCAGCCAAGAUGUUCUUCUGGAAAGGCGGCCAUGUCUGAGCAGCCAUCUUCUGAAGAAGAGACUUCAUCCCAUUGUUCACAGAAAUUUUUCAGCUCCAGUGGCAGCAACAGGGAAUCAUGUGGGAGCAGAUGCAGCUAUGAUAUGGAUGCAAGCAAGGUGCAGCUAUUAGAAGCCCUUUGCCAUUCCCAAACACGUGCAAGGGAGGCAGAAAAUGCAGCUCAACGAGCACAUUCAGAAAAAGAACAUAUUAUAAAGCUUUUCUUCAAGCAAGCAGCACAUCUCUUUGCGUAUAAGCAAUGGUUCAGGCUCUUGCAACUCGAGAAUAUUUACCUUCAGCUCAAAUGCAAGGACAAUGUUGUCGUGCCAUGGGAACAGCUGUCUGUGCUCUUCCCUUGGUUGUCAGCACUAGGCGAACAGCAUAGGGGUUUAGGGAACAAGAAGAGGAAGCGGGAAAGCAUUCAGAAGCAUGAUUUUGGUAAGUUUGCCUUUGCAGUUGCGGUCGGGUUGAGUCUGGCUGGUGCUGGGCUGUUCCUGGGCUGGACCUUGGGAUGGUUGCUGCCCACUUUCUAGAUUCAACUCCAAUGUUCUGAUUUAUGCGACCUCCAGUGCGUCGCUGUCAAGAUUGUGCAUGUCUAUAGCUUUCCUGUGUAUGUAUUUGUAAGACUUUUCCAUGUUAUGUACAGGAUUUAAUCUUAUGGUAUGGAAUUCUGUAUAUUCUAGAUCUAUACCCAUGUGACUACGUAAGUGUAUAUAAAAAAAUGUGCUGAUAGGGUUUCCUUU